UUAGCUGUGCUCUCCACCAAGUCUGGAGAAAUUAAGUUCAGGGGCUCUCUGCAUGAUUACUGUGCUCUUCUUAAAGGCUUUGGGGACACUCACGCUGCUCAUUCAGGAAGAGAGUGGACCAAGGGAUCCCCAGAGAGACUUCCAGAAAGAACUCAGCAGAUCCAAACAUGCACUGGCUGCAAAAACUUCAGAGACUUUAUACCCUAUGGAGUCCUGAGAUGUCCAGGUACACUCUCCACGUUACCGUCAGGCAACUGUCGUCCAUACCGUGGGGCCACCAAGAUGUGCCAGAGAAGUUUAACUUUGCUAGCAACGUGAUCGAUCACUGGGCUGGUAUGGAAAAGGCUGGGAAGAGGCCUCCAGGCCCAGCCCUGUGGUGGGUGAGCGGUGAUGGGGACGAGAUCAAGUGGAACUUCAGAGAACUGAGUGAAGUCAGCCAGCAGGCCGCCAACGUCCUCUCGGGGGCCUGCCACUUGCAGCGUGGGGACCGUGUGGCCGUGGUGCUGCCCCGAGUGCCUGAGUGGUGGCUGGUGACCCUGGGCUGCUUCCGAGCAGGCCUCAUCUUCAUGCCUGGGACUGUCCAGAUGAAGUCCAAAGACAUACUCUACAGGCUGCAGGCGUCCAAGGCCAGGGCCAUCGUGGCUGGGGACGAGGUGGCCCAAGAAGUGGACACAGUGGCAUCCGACUGCCCUUCCCUGAGAAUCAAGCUACUGGUGUCUGAGAAAAGCCGGGACGGGUGGCUGGACUUCAGGACCCUGAUGCGAGAGGCACCCACCACUCAUCGCUGUGUGGAGACCAGAAGCCAAGAAGCAGCUGCCAUUUACUUCACUAGUGGAACCAGUGGCCCUCCCAAGAUGGCGGAACACUCCCACUCCAGCCUGGGCAUCAAGGCCCAGAUGGAUGCUGGCACCUGGACAGGCAUGCGAGCUUCGGACAUCAUAUGGACCGUAUCAGACCCGGGUUGGAUCCUGAACAUUUUGACCUCAGUUCUGGAACCUUGGACAUUGGGAGCUUGCAUAUUUAUCCAUCUUUUGCCCAAGUUUGACCCCCAGACCAUUCUGAAGGUGCUGUCCAGCUACCCCAUCAACAACCUGGUGGCUGCCCCUCUCGUUUACCGGAUGUUGCUCCAACAGGAUCUUUCCAGACACAAGUUCCCACACCUACAGAACUGCUUUACUGGAGGGGAGACCCUGCUUCCGGACACUCUGGAGAACUGGAGGGCCCAGACAGGGCUGGAUAUCUGGGAAUUCUACGGCCAGACAGAAACGGGAGUCACCUGCAGAGUUUCCAAGACCAUGAAAAUCAAGCCGGGUCGCCUGGGAACGGCCUUACCCCAUUACGACGUGCAGGUCAUCGAUGAGGAGGGCCACGUGCUGCCUCCCGGUCAAGAGGGAGACAUGGCCAUCAGGGUGAGGCCCACCAAGCCCAUAGGCAUCUUCCUUGGCUAUGUGGACAAUCCCCAGAAGACCGCAGCCAAUAUUCGCGGGGACUUUUGGCUUCUGGGGGACCGAGGAAUCAAGGAUGAAGAUGGGUAUUUCCAGUUCGUGGGGCGGGCAGACGAUAUCAUUAAUUCCAGCGGGUACCGGAUUGGGCCCUCGGAGGUGGAGAACGCCCUGCUGGAGCACCCUGCCGUGGCUGAGUCGGCUGUAAUCAGCAGUCCAGACCCCGACAGAGGAGAGGUGGUGAAGGCAUUCGUGGUCCUGGCUCCCGAGUUCCUGUCCCAUGACCGGGACCAGCUCACCAAGGAGCUGCAGCAGCACGUGAAGUUGGUGACAGCCCCGUACAAGUACCCGAGGAAGUUGCAGGUGGCAGAAAGUUAAGUUUUCGUUCCUGGCUCACAGGAGAGGACGGUCCAGGAGAGGGUGUUCCAUCCUGGCUGAUCCCGGGCGUCUGGACAACGCGGUCAGGAGUGUCUCUCGCGCACCUCGACCCUCCUUCUCUAUUAGCCUCAUUUCUUGACUGGUUCUCCGUUUGUGGCUCCAAGAAGCUCCAAACACACACCCAUUCUUAGCAGCUUAGCAAAUCCCAGGGGGAAGAGAUCAUGGAUGUCCCCACAGGCCCCAGCAAAGGCCCAGGGCUGACACUUGUAGGAGAACUUGGGGCUGCGCUCCCAGGGUUAAACCGACCCCUGGAACCAGGCGAUGGAUCCUCUGAUCGGCCAGCUCUGGGUCACGUGGUCCCCUGAGGGUAAGAUGUCCUGUACCCGUCUCCGGCUGAUCUCUGAGGAGGGAACUGGGGUAUCGAUGUCAACAUGGCAAGAGAAGCCGGUUCACAGGUUUGGGUACAAGGUAAGGGCUGGUUCCAGGGAAAGGAAACACAGAUGUUUUGAAUCUGGAGCAGAAGGUGACAGAGACCCUGGUGAGCCCCUUGGAUGGGCGGGUGACCCGAUGGCCACCUCCUCAGCACACGCUCCUUGACAUGGGGAUUUCCUGAGAAGCAGACCCCGGGGCGGAGACCGGCACG